AAGACCGGAAGUCGCUCAGCCUCUGGCGCGUGUGUCCAAUCAUGAGAGGGGAGCCUGCAACAGCAGGAGCGCGCACGUUGGAACAAUGACAUCAUACGCCAGACAGCUGUAGUGUUAUUGGGGGUGAACUUUAGGGGUUUUUUUUCCCCACCAAAAUCUUUAUUGUUCGGUAGUGGGAAGGACAGCGCCAGGCAGGCUGCACGGAGUCAGCCGCACUCCCAUGUGAGAGGAGACGGGACGGGAGACGAGCAGCAGAGCAGUGAGUGCCGCCACGUUUGGGCCUGCAGCUGCUGCCGCCGCCUCACCAUGAGUCUGUGCGGGAAGGAACUGUCCAACCUGCUGGGCAUCAUGACGGAGGAGGCGUGCAGCAAUACAUUUGAAGGCCUCUCCACCGCCUUCCAUCAUUACUUCACCAAGGCCGACCAUUUCAGGGUGGGCUCGGUGUUGGUGAUGCUCCUGCAGCAGCCGGACCUCCUGCCCAGCUCCCCGCAGCGCCUGACAGCACUCUACCUCCUGUGGGAGAUGUACCGCACCGAGCCGCUCGCUGCCAACCCCUUCGCCGCCAUCUUCGCCCAUCUCCUGAACCCGCCGGCCGUGGAAGAGGCCGAGAGGCUGCUAUCAGGAUUUCUGCCACCGAUUACACCUUCGGAGAAGUUCUUCCUUUCACAGUUGAUGUUGGCACCACCUAGAGAAUUAUUUAAGAAGACACCUAGGCAAAUUGCUGUUAUGGAUGUGACCAAUUUGGCCCAACCAGUGGACAUUAGUGGACUUCAGUUAGCACUUGCAGAACGGCAAUCUGAACUUCCAACACAGAGCAAGGCCAGUUUCCCAAGCAUCCUAAGUGACCCGGAUCCAGACUCUUCCAAUUCUGGGUUUGACAGUUCUGUUGCAUCCCAAAUUACAGAAGCUUUAGUUAGUGGGCCAAAGCCACCCAUUGAAAGCCAUUUUCGUCCGGAGUUCAUUCGCCCCCCUCCACCGCUGCACAUCUGUGAUGAUGAACUUGCUUGGCUAAAUCCUAUUGAACCUGAUCAUGCUGUAAAGUGGGACAGGUCAAUGUGUGUAAAGAACAGUACAGGAGUGGAGAUAAAACGCAUUAUGGCCAAGGCCUUUAAAAGCCCAUUGUCUUCUCCUCAGCAGACGCAGCUCCUUGGAGAGUUGGAGAAAGACCCUAAGCUGGUUUAUCACAUUGGUCUCACCCCGGCAAAGCUUCCGGACCUAGUAGAAAACAAUCCCUUGGUUGCAAUUGAAAUGUUGCUUAAAUUAAUGCAGUCAAGUCAAAUCACAGAAUAUUUUUCUGUUCUGGUUAACAUGGACAUGUCCUUGCAUUCAAUGGAAGUUGUUAAUCGGUUAACUACUGCAGUUGAUCUUCCUCCUGAAUUCAUUCACCUUUAUAUUUCCAAUUGCAUAUCCACGUGUGAGCAAAUUAAGGACAAAUAUAUGCAGAAUCGGUUGGUCAGACUGGUUUGUGUCUUCCUGCAGUCUUUAAUCAGAAAUAAAAUAAUCAAUGUCCAGGACUUGUUUAUAGAGGUGCAGGCCUUCUGCAUAGAGUUCAGCAGAAUACGAGAAGCAGCCGGACUUUUCAGACUCUUGAAGACUUUAGACACUGGAGAAAACCCAACAGAAGCAAAACCUACAAAAUAGAAGACCUUUUACCUAGUCGCAGAACUGCUCCUCCAUGUCCUCUACAUUAGUCACUUUUUUUUUUUUUUUUUUUUUUUUUUUUUAAUCUAUAUAAUGUGCUGAUAAGCAUGCUGGUUAGUGGUUACAUUGCAGUCGGCCCUUUAUGCCAACAUUUACUUUUCUGUAUCAGCAAUAUGUUCUUUCUAAGGUCAGGAUGAAAGAUAACGGACAUUGGUUGUUUCCAUUGAUUUGAAUACCAGCCUGUCGCUGAUGGUCAUUACAGUACUACCUGAUGAGUAGAUGAGGUAUUUGGUUUUUUUAUCAUAAUUUUUACUACACAUCUAUUUUCUGGGUGCUGUAGUUCUUCCCCCCCCCCCCCCCCCCCUUCCCCUUAAAUUUCUACUGUUAAUUUAAUAUAACAGAUAACAACAUAAGUGCUGUCUUUUUGUAAGUGGAUUCUUUAUAAUCUUUUAGUAAACAGGAAAUUCUAAGUCACAACCAUGUCUUUAUUUUUUGUAAAUGUGCAUAACAGAUUUCAGGCAUUCUUGGACUUGUAGUUCAGCAGCAGUAGUGCUACAGGUUGUCUAAACCUAACCCAAACUAUGGCAUACCACAAUCCAUUGUUAUAUUAACAAUGAAUCUUGUGAAAAUAAAGUAUUCACACACAAUGUUUCUAUUGUGAACAUGUGCAGGCUGAAGGUUAGUAAUACAGACAUAAUGUCUGUAAGAAAGUGGCACUGGUUAUACUGGUGGGUAUCGUCUAUAUAUUGUAAAUUGUAAAUAUACUUUAUUUUUCAUUCUUUUAAGCUAUCUGCUUCUGCACAUAUUACUAAAAUAAAUGCUAUAGGGAGAGGUUUGCAAUAUAUUGUAAGUAGUCCACAGUGUGUUUCUAAAGUAUGGUGCUUUGUCAAGUUAAUAUCACUUUGUUUUUAAAAUGUGUUAAGAUUAAAAUAAUCUUACAAAA